AUGCACCUCCCACUCCCCCUCCUCACUCUCGCCAUCGCUUUGGCAAACGUUAAUGCCUUUCCGGCUUAUCAGUCUCUUGGGGGUCUCUCCAAGCGCCAGCUCGAGACGAUUAUCCCCGGACUGCCGGUUGUCAACCCUGGCCCUCCACCUGGGCCGUUAGCGGAUUCCACCUUGAAGUUGGUCAAUGAUGCGGCGCAUCCGUAUCAGGCGCCUAGGCCGCAUUUGGAUCAUAGGGGACCUUGUCCGGGUUUGAAUACGUUGGCGAAUCAUGGGUACCUUCCCAGGUCGGGUAUCGCGACGCCAGCUCAGAUCGUUCAGGCUGUUAUGGAAGGUGGGCCUCUGAGCUUUACCUCCCCUCGAUUCAACAUGGAGAACACGUUCGCGAAAUUCGUUACCUACGCAGCCUUCCUCGUCGACGGAAACCCGAUUACGAAUUUGAUGAGUAUUGGAGGGAAGACUUGGAGGACGGGGAUUAUUGAACCCCCGCCUCCUGCGAUUGUGGGUGGGCUGAAUACACAUGCUGUGUUUGAAGGUGAUACGAGUAUGACGCGCGGAGACUUCCAUUUCGGCGAUAAUCAUAGUUUCAACCAGACGUUGUUCGAUCAGUUCGUGGAAUACAGCAACAUCCACGGAGGAGGAUUCUACAAUCUCACAGCUGCAACUGAACUCCGAUACCAGCGCAUCCAGCAGUCGAUCGCUACGAACCCAGAGAUGAGUUUCGUCUCUCCUCGCUGGUUCACAGCAAUCCUUCUUCAGGACGAGAAGUUCCCUGAUGACUUCCAUCGGGCGCCUGGUCCGUUCAGCUUCGAAGGUCUAGGGUACCUUGUUACGAGGCGACCUAUGCCUCCUGGAAGAAAUGUUGGGGGAGUGGACAAUUAUGUCCCUGAUCCCAACUCGGCGGAUUUCAACUCUUUCUGCAAGAUGUACGAGGACUUUGUGAACGAUAUUGUCGUUGCACUCUAUCCGAAUCCGACGGGUUUGUUGAGGAGAAAUUUGAUCAAGAAUUUGGAGUACUUCUGGACGGGGAUGUUCGAUCCUGCUUGCACCGAAGUGAAACCGUAUGGUACACUGUAG